AUGUCUGGUCUACCCGUCCUCAUCAUCGGCGCAGGGAUCAGCGGUCUGACCCUGGCCCAGUAUCUGCACAAGUCAGGGGUUCCAUUCCUUAUCUUUGAGCGGGAUUCCUCUAUCGAUAUCCGUACCGGGGGAUGGGGUCUGACGCUGCAUUGGGGACUGCCGAUCCUGCGGGAAAUGCUGCCCGAGCAUAUCGUCGCACGGUUACCCGAAUGCUCAGUGAACAAGGAAGCUUCCGAGAGUGGCGAUGUCGGUCGGUUCCCGUUCUUUGAUCUGAGCUCCGGAUCGGCGCUGUUCGAGGUCCCCGCUGCGGAGAGGCUGCGGGUGAACAGGGGGAGAUUGAGGGAGUUGUUGACGACGGGGAUCGACGUCAAGUGGUCCAAAACAGUGGUAGACGUCACAUCGACAGAGGAGAGCGUUACAGCGCACUUUGAAGAUGGUACUUCCUACACGGGUAGUGUUCUCAUUGCCUGUGAUGGCGCCAAUUCUCGCAUCCGUAAACUGGCAUAUCCCGACUCGUAUCAAAUGAACCCGCUCCCCGUGCAGCUUCUGGGAGUGACAGUCCGGUAUUCGCCAGAGCAAGCGGCCUGUUUCCGGGCUAUGGAUCCUUAUAUCUUCCAGGGAGCUCAUCCAGAAUCGAAUGUCUUUUUAUUCUUCAGCUUCCUCGAUACCCCGAACAACUUUGACGACAGCACAGAUGCCUACGUCUGUCAGAUCAUCGUCUCAUGGGCCGACAAUAAAAACAUCCCGCUCCCACCCGAUAAUGCUGGACGAAUUGCAUUGAUGAAAGAGUUGACAGCCAACUGGGUCGAACCGUUCCGAUCGCUCGUCCACAAUCUCCCUGAUGAUUCAGAGGCACGCGCAAUCCGCAUCCAAGACUGGAUCUUCACCCCGGGAAAGCAUCUUCAUCCGCGCGUGGUUAUGAUGGGCGAUUCGGCGCAUACUAUGACCAUGUUCCGUGGCGAAGGUGCCAACAGCGCCAUCGCCGAUGUCCGUGAUCUGGUCCGGCGAAUUGAUUUCGCCUCAUCGGACUCACUAGGAUCCGAUUCCCUCCGUCGCUCUAUCCAAGAAUACGAGAACGAUGUGUUUAGACGGGCGGAGGUGAGUGUUUUAAACUCACGACAGGCCUGCCUCGAUGCGCAUGAUUACCCAAGGAUCUUGAAUGGAAGCCCGCUCGUGGCGAAGAGAGUGCUGGAUAGCGAGUGA